CAUUGUUCCCGUGGGCAAAGGAGCGGCGGGGUGAUGGCACUGUUAGUGUUCACGGAUACUUCAAACAGAAAAGCAUCUAUUCCCAAACAAUCGAUCUCGUUGAUGCCUAAUUGACUAUCUAAUAGCACCUAUCAGGACAUCAAAGGAGACGCUGAAUAACCAAGUUAGCAUUUCCAAAGGGGAGCAGCGGAGGGUACAAACAGCCAUCAGCUCUCCCAGUGGCCAGGAGCCCAGCCCGGCCCUGCGGCUCCUGGGAUUCCUGGGGCGCCUUCUGAAACACUGCAAACUCCUCUUGCUGCACUUUCAGCAGUGUUAAAACCCCGUUCCUUACAAUUCAUUUACUUACCCUGAAGGGUUGGUACACUUCUCCAGGCUCUCUCCUGCUCAUUUGUGCUGCUAAACUUGUUUUUUGUGGGGUUCGAAUAUUGAGGUCUUUUUGCUUUGGGUUUGUUGGGUUUUUCACUUACUCAUGGUGGAGAGGAUGGCGUUGCAGUUGUUUUUAUUGCACCCCCUAUCAUCUCCACUUCUCCAGUCAAGAAGAUACUGGAAAAUCUGCACCUUUCACAAAUAUAAUUGGGAUCUGCCUAUGAUGGAGCCACUAUCUGAGACGUGGCCUAUUACAUCAGCUACUAAUCUAUGAUAAAUGCUCUGUUAGUUUGGUCUGUAUAUUGUGUUGGGGGUUUUGUUUGUUUGUUUGUUUCCGUGGUCUACUUACAGACAUGGCUAGCAGAUAGAAAGUUUGCAACAUGAAGAUUUGCCCAACUAUGCUAGCAAUUACUCCCCUUCGGAAGGACUAUUUUUCUGUUGGCAAAAUAUGCCCCUUUUUUCUUAUGUUUUCAUGCAAAAUCAAUGUGAUGGUCUGCUGAAAGCCUUGGCACACCAACAGCAUUCUUGGGCAACAAAAGUACUUCAGCAUCUGGCAAAGGACGAGUAUCCAGUGCCUUGUGCAGAUGCUGCAGCCUGAAGGAUGGGCUGGACCUUCCUUAGGCAACACCUUCAUGCUGUAGAGCUGCUGCAGUCCUGCCUGUUCCCAUGGGUUUAUAUUCCAUGUAUGCACAAAACCCCAGAUGAAAUAUUCCCAGGCAUACCAGUGAGAGAAAUCUACCAUUUGUCCUUAGAAGUCUUAUAGAGCUCACAUGAGAAGAGCACUCGGUCCUGACAGCCGCCGUAUCUGUAAUUAUCACAUCCUGCCAUGAAUCACUGCACUGACAUUCAGGGUGUCACACCGAGCUACAAGAGUGCCUAAGUUUUCAGUACAUUUCUUGAAGCAGCAAGUAUGUUUCUUAUGGCUGUAAGGCUUACAUACAAAGGCAGAACAAUAAAUAUUUUGAAAUGUGAUUUGGAGAAAUGGUUCCACUAUGUUCUUAAUAUAACACAUGUAGGAAAAAUCCAUCCAUUUUUCAAUAUAAUACAACAUACUGUGAUUCUGAGUGUAGUGAAUUCUAUAGAAAAAUACAUCAUUUUCCCUGAGAAUUUAGAUUUCUUUUUCAUCAUGUUUAUCUAUCACAUCAAUUGAAUGCUGUAAAAAUUUCAUGUGAUGAAAAGAAUUGAAUUGAAGUAAAGUUGUGUCUCAUAUGAGCCCCAUCUUACUGCAAGGUGAGAAGAUUUAACUGCAGAUGCAGCACCUCUGCCCACCCAGGGUCGUUAAAGUUUUCAAGUUUCUCAAGCUGCCACCUCUUUCUAAUGGGAACUACAAUAGCCACAUAACACCUUCCACACUUUUCCCAUCUGUUCCAGGGUUUUGUGGUCCACAGAUGCAGCUACUUUCAUCUGAAGGGGGGAGGGGGUGGUGGUGCUAGUGUUGGGUUUAAAUAUCUCGCUAAAUAGGUAAUUCAGAUUGGAGUCUAAUAAAACAAGAAAUCAGUUUUCAUUGACUUUCAUCAAAUAGUGUGACAGGCCAGCUACUUCCCUGCAUUCCCAGCCAAAGGAGAAGGAGAAAAUGGCAGCAGCUCUUCAGGGUUAAUAAUAGUGCCCUUCUAUAAGACACAUAAUGUAUCAAUGCCAACGUUGGUCUCUUUUGGCACAGCACUGAGUGGUCAUCUCGUGUCUGGUUCAAUUUUGGCAGCUGGGGGUGAAGUGUCUCUCCUAGGGGUAGUCCCUGGGUGUUUCUGUGUGCCUGGAUGUGGGGCCUGCAGGGCACGGGGGACCCAAGGCUGCCUGCCUUGGCACAGGUUUCUUCUGGAGAAACGGUGGAGGAGGCUGCCCUGCUUCCAGCAGUGCACACGCUGCUUACUGGGUAGGGAUAUGCUCAGUUUAGGAGCUCCUGAAUAUCAGUAGUUUUCGUGUAUUGUCUCUAAAGUUCUUUUUGGGAAGGUAGUUAGGCUCUGCAGACAGCACUCACUGCUUUACUGAGGACAACUUGCUGUGAAUGAGUUUCUACGUGGCAGAACAUGAGUUUUUCUGCUUGGAUUUGUCCACACAUGGGUUUAUUCAGAAAUUGCUGUUCUGAAAUAAGAUCAGAGGUAACACGUGCAGUUCCACACCUGAUGAGUUUGCUUCAGAAAAAGAGGGACCGAACACAAGUGGGAUAGCUCAGGAACAGUUAUUAAAUCCUGAAGUUAUUAAAAUUAACAUGCAGACUCUUAGUUUAUUUGGGGAGCAGUGAGCGACCCAUCCCUGCUUGACUGAAACGUGUCUAGGAUUUAAGUAUUCGUGUUACAAUUGUUUUGGUUGGGUCAGUGGCACUCACAGGUAUGCGGUUCUGAUCCAGGGUGGGAUCCAGCUGUAUUCAGCUGAACAUUUGCAUUGGCUCGUGCAUAUCAGCCGAAAUCACAGUCUUGCGGCAGCAGUAAGUGAAACUCCUUCAGUGGCUGUGCCUGGUACCCCUCAAAGAGCAGGGCCAUUUCUCUGUCUGGGCUGUGCCGAGGCAACAAGAGCCUUUCCCAUCCCUGCCCUGAGGGGAUGGUGUUGCAAGCAAAGAUUCAGGAGGCAUCCAGCUCUUGGGCUCUGUGGGCUGGGUAAGGUGUUUGCCUUGCUCAGGUGCCUGUGCUUUAUCCCUCCCCCGGGGCCAGUGUGGGAAUAAGCCGACUUUGUGGGAUCGGGAGGGGCCGAUAACUCUCUAUCCGUUCCCGAGGCCACGGAGUUACGAGAACACCUGAGACAAUGAGAAAAGAAUAGCACGAAAUGAGGGGGUUUUUCCAAAUGAUUUUUGUAAUAAACUGGUGCGGUGGUUUAGUUGGGGUUAGGGUUUAGGGUUUAGGUUUUCUCUUUUAAGAGAAAAAAAACAACAAAACCCUCACACUGCCCAUGUGUGUGGGAACCUAGAUUACUGCUUUAUUUUAGAAAGAAACAGGCCCUGUUAGACUCAGCUUUAUGGUGUCCACUCCUUCCAGUGAUGCAUGCGAGCAGUAACUGAGGAUUUUGGAAUCGUCAUUGAAACUGAGGUCCUAUCAGUGCAUUUAUCCAGUUUGAGGGAUUGGCGCUCUCUUCCAUUCUCCUUUAAGAGAGGGUUAGAAUGUGAGUUAUUCAAGUAUCGCUACUGCCGGUGUGCUCGUGGUCGGUGUCGUAUUUUUUACUGGCAUGACCAAAAGCCCGGUGAAGUUGAACAAAAGAAGAACCUGGAGACGGGCUGAGCUACCGAGAUGCCCCUUUCCCCCAGCCAAGCUGUGAUGGGAGAUGUCUUGGUAUCCUCCGUGCAUUACAAGGGCACCGAUCGUCCUUCUCGGGAAGAGGCAUAUGGGUUGGGGUAGUAUGAAGCUGAUGAGGUGCGAGCUGCGCUGCUCACUCAGUGCUUUGAUCACUAAACGAUUGGGGAGAUGGGUUUUCUGGCUAGACAGAUGGCGCCAAGUUCAAGCUGAGACGGCCUGAGGCUCUGCUCACCCCAGCCCGGCUCUGGCCCGGGGAGUGCGGGCCGAGCCUCGUGGAUAGGGACUUCUUGACAUUGGCUCCCCAUGGCUUUUCCCAGGGAGGGAAAAAGACGGCGGGGCUGGCAGGCUCUACCUGAGGUUCCUUAACCCUCAUCCCGGCCCCGUGGGUGUGUGUGGGUGUCGGACAUCUGUGCAGUGUGGGACCCCGCGACUGAACACCGGGAGCCGCGGUGUCUUUAGACCCCCGUUUGCGGGGCUGGGGCUGCCCGUGCCCUGCCCUCCAGGGGAGAGGGGCAGCUUUGCACUUCAAGGGGGUCUCCCCGGCCCCGCAGACGCGCUGGAGCCAAGGGCUGUAGACAUUUGCCAGACGUGUGAACUCUCCUCCUCGCUGGUAGCUGUUAUCUCUGCUCGAUUCCCACUUUGAUGUGCGUUCGCACUUACAAACGACCCCUCCCGGGACGGAGCGUCCAUAUAAGAGCGGCCGCGGCCGAGGGUCCCCCAGCCCCUCUCCACCAUGAAUCGGACCGAGAUCCCUUCGGCAGAGACCAAGCCCCACGGGGCCAGGCCCCACAUCUGCUGUGCGCCCCCUCCCCGCGCCCCCACCUCUCUGGGCAGUCCCACGCUCCUGGUCAGAGCCAAGCCCCGACGGGGCAGCCCCGGGGCGGGCCGGCCCGCCGACAGCGAGCCCUGCGCGGAGGAGCGGAGCGGAGCCGAUCCCCGGGACAUCACCGACCCCUGCCCGUCGGAGCCAGCCCCCGACGGCGGCUGGCUCAGCGCAGACGAGUCCUCGGGCUACGAGAGCGAGAGCGCAGGAGGGGAGCGCGGCGGGGGCCGCGGGCGGCAGCGGCGGGCGCGCACCGCCUUCACCUCGGAGCAGGUCUGCCGCCUGGAGAAAACCUUCCAGCGCCACAAGUACCUGGGCGCCACGGAGCGGAGGAAGCUGGCGGCUGCCUUGCAGCUCUCGGAGAUCCAGAUUAAGACCUGGUUUCAGAACCGGAGGAUGAAACUGAAGAGACAGAUACAGGACCACCAGCACAGCCUCGUGUCCCCUGUUCCAGUCCUCAGCUACCCGGGGACCUCACCAGCUCUGUUUCAGGAUGGUCUCCACUACCCCUUUGCUGCCCAGCACCAGAGACUCCUGCCUUUUACCCCGAUGCCUGCUGUGCAGUUCAGCUUCUCCUUUCCCAGAUAUGACGCACCACAAAGCACCUACCACUUUAUGGCAAAUGAACUGCCCUACUACCAUCAACACCUUCUUCCUCAUCCUUCUUUCCAUCCAGUUAUGCAGAACAAAAUGGACAGGCAAUACCACCCUGUAUAUGCAUUAUAGUGAAAAAAACAGUGUUUUAUGCUCUAAUGUAUUUCAUGCUCAGAAUCUGUUGCCCGAUUUGGAAGAAUAUCUUUAUUAUUUUAAGUUAAAUGUGGCCAUUAAUAAUUUUAUAUUUGAUAAUUAAUAUUAAAAUAUUAAUAAAUCUAGUCUUAAAAUGUGUUAUGUUAAUGGUUUUCACUGCCUCCCCCCCGUUUUUCAUAAAUGUGUGUACCUAUAUAUAUAUAUAAAAUAUCAACAGAGUUAUAUGUGUCAACUCUAUAAAAGGCUGCACUUAUGCACUGCAAACUUCUGUGGUCACUUGUCCCCCUGUAGUGUAUUCAAUGGGCAGAUACAUUUUGUCUGACUUUGCUACUCUCCCACCGAGAUGGUCUGUGUUGUUGAGCGUUUGGUAGCCUGGACAGAGGUGACUGCAUUCAUUUGCCCUGUGCUGUGCUUUGAGCUAAGUACAUCCUCCAGAGGAAAGAUAAGCUGUCAGUGAGUUUCUCUUCUGGAUAUAAAUCAAUAAAUCCCAUCUUCCAUGUGAAAGCUGUAGGGAUAAUAUUUAUUAAGUCAGCAUGUGUUUAAACAGGAAUUAACGGAUCAGGCCUUCAUUAUGGAAGUUGAAAAUUUUACAAUUACCAAAACA